AUGCUGCUGCUGUUGUUGCUGUUGUUGUUGCUGUCCUGCUGCUCCCUGGUGGCCCUGUUGUUUCCUGCUUCCGGCGAAGUGGAACCGAUCAGCGGCUUGGCGGCGGCGGCGGGUCCGGUGGUACCUGGAACGCUGCUCUGGCUGCUGUCGCUGUCCGCUAGCUGCUCGGUAUCCGAGGGAAGCGGAUCCUGGGGCGGCAGGGGAUGGUGGUGGCUUCCCAACGCUCGGCACGGAUAUCCAGAGAUUGAGACUGACGCAGCGCUGACCUUUCCCCUCUCACAUGCACAUGCCCCGCAGCGGACACGGGAAUCGCACAACAAACAACGACGCCGCCGAAGCUUAAGGGGGGUUUCGGGUUACGGGGCGAACUUUACGGAAACAGUUACGGAAUUGCUUAUUUGUACGUAUUUGUUGAACAGCAAACAACUUUUGUCGAAUAUUAUCGUGAGUUCGUACGGAACCUUGCAAUUUUCCUUGCCUUCAUCUAAACGCUUCCGCGCAUUGCCCUUGUUAGCGAAUUUGCGUUUUUUGAAUGUUGAAGGUACACUGGCGGCGGCCUCUUCGUCCAGGCCGGAAAUGGUCUUUUCCUUGAAGCGCUUGACCGGAGGCUCAGGCUCGCUGGACGUGGACACCACGGGAGGGGAUGGCGUCGUUGAGGAACAGCUGGGAGCCGACAGCUGGGAGGAGUUCUCGAUCGAUGUACCGUGGGGCACUCUGGCAGGCAAGUGGUGGGGAUCGCGCAAUAAGCAGCCCAUAAUCGCUUUGCACGGAUGGCAGGACAAUUGUGGGAGCUUCGACAGGCUGUGCCCUCUGCUGCCAGCUGACAGUGCAGUCCUGGCCAUCGAUCUGCCCGGCCACGGCAAGUCCACGCACUAUCCGCAGGGCAUGCAGUACUUCAUUUUCUGGGACGGCAUCUGCCUGAUCCGUCGCAUCGUGCGCAAGUAUAACUGGAAGAACGUCACCCUUCUCGGUCACUCCCUGGGCGGAGCGCUGACUUUCAUGUACGCCGCCAGCUUUCCGGAUGAGGUGGCCAAGCUUAUCAACAUUGACAUUGCCGGGCCGACGGUGCGUGGCAUUAAGCGGAUUGCAGAGGGCACGGGCAAGGCCCUUGACAAAUUCCUCGACUAUGAGACGUUGCCCGAGAGUAAGCAGCCCUGCUACUCGUACGACGAGAUGAUCAAACUGGUGCUGGACGCCUACGAUGGCUCCGUCGACGAGGCAUCGGUGAAGAUCCUGAUGCAGCGGGGCAUGCGACACAACCCCACCAAGGAUGGCUAUCUCUUUGCGCGGGACCUGCGGCUCAAGGUGAGCCUGCUGGGCAUGUUUACCGCGGAACAGACGUUGGCCUAUGCUCGUCAGAUCCGCUGCAAGGUGCUUAACAUCCGCGGGACGCCCGGCAUGAAGUUCGAGACUCCCCAGGUCUAUGCGGAUGUGAUAGCCACGCUCAAGGAGAACGCUGCCCAUGUGGUCUACGUGGAAGUACCUGGCACCCAUCACCUGCACCUGGUCACGCCGGAGCGGGUGGCACCGCACAUCAAUCAUUUCCUGCGCGACCAGUAGGACAUGCAACGGGGGAACGGUGCUUAAUUAAGUAGGAGGCUUAUUGUAGAUAUAGGUAUAGCUUGUAUGAUUCCACUUGAUUGUGAUGCGCAACAGAUCAAAGGUAUUGUGUGGAUUGAAACGUAGAAUACCGACACUUAAUAAAUCCAAAACUAAAGUUAAAGAAAUA